CAUCUAUUGCCCACCCAUGGUGGUUUGGGAGUUGGGUGGAACUUCACUAUCGCUGUAUACCCUCCAUCCCCACUACACCCUAAUCACCCAACCCAUUAUCCCAAUCUUUCUUGUUCUCCCCUCUCUAUCUCUCUUGCUACCAAAUCUUCAUCUUCGUUUCAUUCUCAGAGACCGACAAGUUCAAUUUCUCUUGCUAUGUAUAGAAUUUUGGUUUAACUUUUUAUGUUGUUCUGUUAGCGAAUUCUGUGAAAACGGAGAGAGAAAGGGGGAAUGGGCAAUACCAGCAGCGGCGGCGGGCAGGGUCGCCGAAGAAAUGGUAGCAGGAGGAACCAUCCCCCGCCGCCGGCGGACGCGCCUCCUCAGGCCGAAAUCUCGGCGAAUCGUUACGUAUUCGCAGCGGCUACGCCGUACCCGGCGCAGUAUCCCAAUCCUAACCCUCCGCCGUACUAUCAGUACCAGGGAUACUACCCGCCUCCUCCAUCCUCUAUGCCGACGCCACUUCCGGCUCCGUACGACCACCACCUCCGGAUGGAACCGGGCCAUUGGGGGAGAUACCCGUGUGGGCCCAUGAUGCCGCCCCCGGAGCCUUACGUCGAGUACCAGAAGGCUGUGACGAUACGCAAUGAUGUUAAUCUCAAGAAGGAGACUUUGCGGCUCGAACCAGACGAUGAGAAUCCUGGGAAGUUCCUUGUCGCGUUUACGUUCGAUGCCACUGUCUCCGGGAGCAUCACUGUUGUAUUUUUCGCAAAAGAAGGCAAAGAUUGUAAACUGACACCUAUGAAGGAACACCUGCUUGCACCAGUGACAGUAAACUUUCAGCAAGGUCUGGGCCAAAAGUUCAGACAGUCCUCUGGAACCGGAAUUGACUUCUCAAUAUUUGAGGAGACUCAGUUACUGAAAGAGGGUGAUUCCGAUGUCUAUCCUUUGGUAGUGAAGGCAGAUGCAUCCCCCACUGCUCAAAGUGGAUCAGAUGGAAACCAAACUUCUGGAUCCCCAAAUUCCCAGGUAACUCAGGCAGUAUUUGAGAAGGAGAAAGGUGAAUAUCAAGCUAGGGUAAUGAAGCAGAUUCUGUGGGUGAAUGGGAUGAGGUAUGAGCUGCAGGAGAUAUAUGGCAUUGGGAACUCUGUUGAAGGCGACGUGGAUGCAAACGAUCCCGGAAAAGAAUGUGUCAUUUGCCUGACAGAACUACGAGACACAACCGUUCUUCCCUGCCGACACAUGUGCAUGUGUAGCGGAUGUGCAAAGGUUUUACGGUUCCAGACAGAUAGAUGUCCAAUCUGCAGACAACCAGUUGAGAGGCUUUUGGAGAUUGUUAAAGUUAAUAAUGAGCAUGAGGAAUAAGAUAGAAGAUGUGCUGCUGAGGCUAGCUUGCUGUAUAGUAUCGUGUUGUUUUCUACGUCUGUUUCCUUUCUCAUGUGCUCAAAUAGGAAAAGUGUGAUCAGUAUGCUGCAUAACAUGGAGAAUGCUGGCAUUACGCAAAAAAUUUUGAGCCAAUGCCUUCCUUUUAGAUGUGAGUUUGUUAGUGCCAACUGCCAAGUCCUCUGAAUACUUGUUACUUGAUAAGAAAUAUAGUAGUGUCUUCUGUUGCGGAGAUUCUGUCUCCCCUUUUGGUUUC